AUGUAUCUAGAAAAAAGUAGUGUUGUAGUCAUCACUGGGGGUUCUUCAGGGAUAGGAGAAGCUCUUGUCAAGCUUUUCUUAGAAAGAGAGUGCAUGGUAAUCAUAGUAGACAAGAAAGAAGGAAACUCACCUUAACUUUAGUAUCAUUAUGGAUCAAAUAGGUGUCAGUUCUAUUAGUGUGAUGUCCUUGAUGAGUUACAAGUUUCAGAGUUAUUCAUCAAAUUGAUGGAGAGACAUGUUCGCAUUGAUUUUCUUUACAAUGCAGCUGCUAUUAAUAAAUUCAAUGAUGAUCCUUCUCUCUAGCCUUCAGCAAAAAUGACCAAAUAUGCUUGCAUAAUGAUGACAAACCAAAAAGGCGCCAAAAAAGACUAGCCUUACUAAGGUGUAAUUGUUGAUUUGGCAUAAGGUUCCAAGUAAGGUGUAGAUGACGUUUCAACUAAUGGAAUGUGCCCUGUUUACUUCAGACAUGGAAUCAGAAUUAUUAAUACUCCUUUUUGUGCAUUCACUGACUCAAUAUCAAAGCAAUAAAUAAAAGAUAUCGUAUACAGUAUCUUCAAGCUCUCAAUAUCAGAUUAGAAGUUUACCGAAUUUCUACAGCUAUCACCAAUAGGAUCACCAUCUCUAUGA